AUGAGAACCCCAAGAACCCUGGAGGUUUGGAGGCUAGGCACUGUCAACUAUUUGAAGUCCCUCAAACUUCAAGACAAGUUAGUUUCCGAGAGAAAAGCUAAUCGAAUCCCCGACACUCUGCUCUCGCUUCAGCAUCCACCAACUUACACCCUCGGAAAACGUAGAACCGAUCACAACCUCCUCAUCCCUGAAGCUGAACUCAAGAGCAUUGGAGCUGAGCUUCAUUAUACUCAGAGAGGAGGAGAUAUCACUUUCCAUGGCCCUCACCAAGCCGUCUUAUACCCUAUCCUUUCCUUACGCAGCAUAGGCUUUGGUGCUAGGAGCUAUGUAGAGGCAUUGGAGCGGUCGAUGAUCGAAUUUUCUUCGAUAUAUGGGGUGAAAGCUCGUGCAGGAAACAAAUGUGAGACUGGGGUUUGGGUUGGGGAUAGAAAGAUUGGUGCUAUUGGUGUUCGUAUAUCCUCUGGAAUCACUUGCCAUGGUCUGGCCUUCAACAUAGAUCCUGAUAUGAAGUACUUUGAGCACAUUGUUCCCUGUGGAAUUGCUGAUAAAGAAGUUACAUCUCUGAGAAGAGAGACGGAUGCUCAGCUUCCUUCCGAAGAAUUGAUUCAUGAGCAGUUGGUUUCCUCUUUGGCCAAAGUGUUUUCGUAUGAUGAUGUUGUGGUGAAGGAAGAUCCUUCAGCCAUUUUGGACAACCUGGAGGAUAACGACUAA